AUGCACCAGCCACCACUAGAGGAGGCUGAAGUCGCUGUCAGUGGUGCGCUUUGGACUUUCUACGACUCCCUGCGAUGCAGUGCCGAUGUGUUGGUGCGCACAUGUGGAGAGAUUACCAAAAUGGAGGAUGAAGCAAAUAGGAUUCUGGAACGAAAACCACCAGAAGUAACAACGACAGGGCCAUCAUCAUGGUCGUCGGAAGGGCUUCCUCUGCUGACGGCCCCGCUCUUCUUUGGAGCAGUCGCGAAGCUGAAGGGACUGCUUUGUCCAGCAAGGAGCCGCACGGAUUCUGUGGUUGAAGAGAAACAGGCGCUGAUGGAGCGUAUGCUCGUUCUGGUUAAGGCAAUCAGCUGGUUUUGCUUGGCCACGGCACGGCUGCAAGAGGGAUCGGUUGUUGAGUUGACCGCGCAAGGGGGAAGCGGCCGCUCCACACCACUGCUUCACCCACACCGCCGCCAAAACAGCACUAGUAAUGGGCGUGGUGAUGCCAGUGCCAACACUGAGAACCAGGAGAGAGAAACUCAGAUGGAGGAGCAAGCGUUUCCCGUCGCCGUGGAUGCGGUUGUGCGGCUCUCCACCUAUGGGGCGCCGCGACACGGCAAAGGUGGGGGAGUGAAAACCGACGGCACAGAGAUUCCUGCAGAAAUCUGCACAGAGGUGCGUUUGUCGGUUCUUCACUUGUUAACAGCGGUAUUGGUGCGGUUUCGGCAUGCCCCGUUCAACGCUGUGCGAUACCUCCCCGUGUUGUUCCCGGAGAUUGACGUCAGAGACCCACAAGCCAUACACCCGCUCCUAACCCCGCUGCUGUGGGACUGCGAUCAGGGCGUCCGCGCUGCUGCUGCCACUCUUGUUUCGGCGGUCUUGCACAAGCUGCAACAGAACCUCCAGUACGCGGAGGAACCGCAUCCGAAGCGGCAGUCCUUCUCCUCUAUGGCGUCGCAGAGCGGACGGGCGCUAGCGUCUCUACACGACGCACUGUUAUGGGCGUUGCAGCUACCAGAUAAAUCCACAAAGACGGGCGACAGUGCUGCUUCUGCCUCUGCUGCCGUUGUUGAUGAUGAUGUUCCCGCUGCCUCUUUCUUCUCCAAGGGCCUCGUUCUUUCGGUCUUUGGGGCACUUGUGACCUCGACACCGUACCGCCGCUGCCCCCACUCCUUGGAAGUGGUACAAGAGGCCUUUGAGCUGCCACUUUUGCGGGAAGCUCUUCUGAACGAUGCCUCGGAGGAGUUUGCACCUGCGGCGGCGUUUUUCAGCCAAGUGUUUAGGUCGGGUUGCCUUGCCGGGCUGGUGCAGUCUCAUCUUUCGCGUGAGAACGUCAAAGCCAUCGACAAGAGUCCAAGCGGCCCAAGACAUGACACUAAGGUUUGCUGCAUGAACAGCAGUGGCGGUGGAGCGGGGGUGGUGCUCCUUGAGGCACUGCUCACGCAUGCUUCACACCGUAUGGAGGUGUGGCGGUGCGUGAUGCAGCUGUCCCGCAUACACCCAUCAAUUGUAGGGACACACUUCACCGCUUUGAUGGAGGCCUCCCGCACAGUCCUACGCUCCUCGCAUGGUGCGACGGGCGACAACAAAGACGGCAACAACGGGUCUGUCAAGGACGCUGCGACGGCUUCGGGGGAUGUGUUAGGUGAGUGCCUGCGGGCGUGGCUGCACUUCAUGGGCUACGUGUGGCAAUCCUUCGACGGCCGCCCCGCGGACCCGGCGUUCCACCAGAACCACGCAGCCCACCGCGCCACGCUACUGCAGAAGCAGCAAAUCAUGACGGACCUCGUGCUGCCUGCUCUUGAGCUCACAUCUGGUGGCUGCUGUUUCUACGACGCUCAACGGGCGGCGCUGCGGUGUGUGGCGCAGGUGGGUGAUGAGUAUUUUUCUGCCCUUUCGGACGCCCAACGUGAGCAGAUCGUCGCGCAGGUGAUUUCCAACACGACGGCGCACGAGAGCAGCGUGCGGGCGGAGGCCCUCACAACGUUGGGCGUCUGGGCGUGGCAGUACACGGCCUUUGACGCGUGGCUGCCGGAGUUCGUCGACCGCGCCGUGCACGCGCUGUGUAACGACGCUGACGGUGCGGCACGUUUCAAGGCGGCCUUUGCGCUGUCGAACCUCACGUCGCGCCUUGAUGAGGAGGAGCGAGACGAGAGUUCGCUGCGGCGUUCACCGCAGCACAUGCAGCUGCUCUGCGACGUCGCGCUGCACGCGGCGCAGGCGCAGGAGGACGCGGCGGUCGUCGGUCACGGCAUCCGCAUGAUGAGCCACCUGCUGCGCAGCCUCGGCUUCGAGGAGCUCAUC